UGGACAUGCCUGACAUUGGUAAUGUUUGGGGGUGGUGGGCUAUUUAUUGCCAAGAUUCAGUGAAGAGCCCCACACAUCCAUCUUCUUGCUUCUGAAUCUUCCCAUAACUCUCCUUGACACAGCCAUAAGCACCCCAAUAAAGGACUGGUACCUGCACACCCCAGAACCCAGAGGAGACCACUGAUCAUUCUGUCUUGAACCGGGUCUUUCAGAAGGAAAAACCGGAGGAGUCUGUCUGUGGUUAUGAGGAUUGUGGAUGUAGCAGGUUGGCAACAGGAAGAGUAGGUGAACCCAGCUUUUGCAGUCUGACAGAGGCAAGUGAAAGGGACUUGAAGGAAAAGACAUUUCUCUGAAAAGGAGUUGGAGAAGAGUCCUCAAGCCCUGUCUGCACUAGGUAAAGGACAGCCGGCCACGCCACUGUAGCUUAAAACCAUAACCCCCAAGCCUCGGGAAGUACACUGGUGAUUGAACUGAUUCUCCAGCAGCAUGGACAUCAAGGAAUAUUUCACCAGGAUUUCUUACCAGGGCUCUUAUGAUAAGGCAGACCUGGCUACCUUGACUGAUAUAUUCCAGCAUCACAUCCGAGCGGUCCCUUUUGAGAACCUCAGCAUCCACUGCGGGGAAAGCAUUGAGCUGGACCUGGAAGCGACUUACAACAAGAUAGUGAGGAAAAACCGUGGGGGCUGGUGCAUGGAAAACAACCACCUUUUAUCUUGGGUCCUGAAAACCCUUGGCUACAAUGUCACCCUCCUGGGAUCAAAAGUUUAUGUCCCAGAGUACGACGCAUACGCAGAUGAAAUCGAUCAUCUGCUGCUAAAAGUGGUGCUUGAUGAGAAACCCUUCAUCGUGGAUGGUGGGUUUGGGAUGGCUUACCAGAUGUGGCAGCCAAUGGAGCUGAUUUCAGGGACAGACCAGCCACAGACUCCUGGUGUCUUUCGCUUCCUGGAGGAGACUGGGGUCUGGUACCUUGAGAAGGUGAAGAGGAAGCAGUGGGUUCCCAACCAAAGCACCUCCGCUUCCCAUAACAUAGAAAAGGAAGUUUGCCGUCGGGUUUAUCUCUUCACCCUUCAGCCACGGGACAUUGAAGAGUUCCGAGCCUGUAAUGCCCACCUGCAGACAGCACCUGACUCGCUGUUUGUGAAAAAGUCUAUCUGCAGCCUGCAGACCACGAACGGCAUCAGGGCUCUGGUGGGAUGGAAAUUCACUGAGAUAAAGUACAAUUAUAGGGAUAAUAUGGAUCUGGUGGAAAUCAGAAUCCUCGCAGAUGAAGAAAUGGAGAAAACACUGAAAGAUAAAUUCAAUGUAACACUAGACAAGAAAUUUGUACCCAUCAAUACAAGCAGGUUGUCUCUAUUUUAACUCACUGUCUGAAUUAUAAUUCAACUCAAUGGCAUUACAUGCAAUCCCCCCCCUGUUUCUGAGAAGCAUUUAAAGGUUAAGCUUUCUCUUUCCAUCUACACCAGUGUAAGGCCGAGCAUGUUAGCAUGAAUCUGGAAAUAUAUUUUUACAACUGCCCCUGCCUCUGUUUUUGGUUUGGGCACAAAUAAUUUCUUCCCAGCUCAAUCAAAUCACUCCCUUUCUGUUUGUGCUUAUCUGCAAGCAGACUCUGCUCACCCCCCUAUUCCUUUCAUCUCGUAAAAGCUUUUCUAAAUACAUGCAGAGUAGCAGGGCAGAGCAAUGGAGCUGUUAUGUCUCUUUUUUUAUUACUUUGUGCUGCCACCUGGGGAAACCAUACCCACCUCUUUAAAUGAAUACCAUAUUACUUUUGGAAUUUAAUAGCCAGGAAAACAAAGACAUCCAGUGCCAAGUCUGCUAUACUUAAGCCAUAAGCCAGUCCUUUUUGCUCUUGCAUUCACAACACCCUCUCACACACCAGUUGGACAGUCCCAUGCCUCUGCCACACUGUGUGAAUAGCUACGGACAGGCUGUUUAUGUCCUAAAACUGAUGAGAACCAUGAGCAGACAAUUGUCUGGUGUCAGACUUUACACGACUCCUGCUCCCUCAGCGUCAUAACUGAAAAGCAGUAUUUCUUUGAACUGAAAGCCUCUCCCAUGCGUUCUGUUUGCUAUCACCCAGCAGCAGCCUGCCGGGAGUAGACGCUCCUCUCAAAAGACUCCACUCUGAGUGUCAUUGCACAUUAAUUAUCAUUGCUCAACAUAUUUUUCUGAAUUAUUUUUCCUGAAUUAUUUUCCUGAAACUCAUCUGUUCUACUGAGGAUGUGUUUGCAGUGAUACCAAUUAUAUUGAUAUGAGGAGAAAUGAUGAAUCUUAAUCAGAUACCCAACAGCUAAGAUUUUUAGCAUGAGAAAUCGCUCAGAUGUGAUCAGUGAUCACUUUGACCUUUGAGAAGAUGCUUGAAGUUCCUUUUAGUACAAAUUGUGGAAGCGUUACAACUAUGCAGUCAUGAUUAAGAAAAUUAUAUAAGUAAAUUACAAUUAAAUAAAAAAAAAUCAAGAAUUAUGAAGUAGAACUAUUAAGUUGUUUUUUCCCCAA